ACUUGCAGUCCGAAGAAGUGUAAAAACAAUGUCAUUUUCUUAUUUUGUUGCCACGAAUUUUACCACCUGCAACGUUGCUUCAUUGUCAAUUUAUAUCUAAGCACAGCAGACAGGUGUCGCCGAACGAUAUAAGAGCCUGAAACGGAGCCGUUCAAGCAGCAGUGACAGAAAAAUUGCCGUCAUGUUCGGCCUGAAGUUGUUGUUUUGUCUUCUGGUACAGGGCCUUGCCCCAUCCUCUUCGGUGAAAGCUGGUCCCGUGGAGGUAACUCUCGACUCGCACCCACUAGAGGUCCGCGGCUCGUACAACCGUCCCGUGCUGGGGUGCAGUAGCGAUGUCCAGACACUGGAGCCGGGCGCCUACAUCAUCCACUCGCCCAACUUCGACCGGCACAACCCGCAAAACUACACCAACGACUACACCUGCACCUACCAGCUACGAUUAAAAUACCACGGGAUUCUCCGUUUCGACUGUUUCGACUUUCAGCUUGAAGACAGCGAUGGGUGCUCCAAAGAUCGCCUGAAGGUGACCUACGGAAGCCAGGCGCUGAUUUCCUGCGGAAGAAACACACCGCGCACCCUGUACGGCGAAUCCCUCGACAUUGACUUCACCACCGACUCCAGUGGCACCGACACGGGUUUCCUCUGCACCGUCAUGUCCAAGGUAUCGACGUCCAGUAGUGGUCUGUUCUGCGGAAGGGGUUUCCUCGAACCGGGAACCUACUCCCUCGUCAGCCUGUUCUAUCCAGACAACUACGGGACGAGCCUGUAUUGCCGCUGGGAUCUGAGCGCGAACCUUCUCACUUAUUCUAUGGAGUUCAGCUGUAGGGAUUUUGAUAUGGUGUCCUGGGAUGGAUCUUGUGAGUGGGAUUAUUUGGAGGUCAACGGGAAAAAGUACUGCAACGGUAACCCACCGCCAGGGGAAGAUAGCCCGCUGCCGGUGGGACAGCACGUGGAAGUGGUGUAUGAGACCCCCGAUUUGCCCGACAAGACCCGCAAAGGUUUCAACUGCACUGUGGUUGUUAAAUAAACAUCAUCCAUUGAACCGUAA